AUGCAACUGGUGAGCUCAUUUGGAUAUUAGGAUUAAGCGGAUCGCCAUACCCGUGCAUGCUCGACGUCGUUCAAGAGACAAAUGAGACUUCUACCUACUUUACGAGGCUUCACAAGGAACCGAAAAGCUUCCAGAGCAAGGACCUCCAUGGAGAAUUUUUGAAGAAGCCUACGUCAGUAAACUCAUACAAUGCUAUGAAAGUAUCACCCGCGCGGGCGAACUCACGCCGCGAUGGGAGAACCGGAUCCUGGAACAGCUUGGAGGUAAUGCUGUACGAAAGCAGUGACAAGAAGUGCGCUUUGUUUACCGCCACGUACUACACGCGACCCAGCAAUCUUCCUGCUACAGGCCAGAAAGAUGUGAGGAAUUCGCGUUCCCAGGGUACGGCUGCACAGUUAGUUGAGUAUGACUUCCGGCUGAAGAAUUCUAUUACAAAACCAGAAGAGGCGACAGAAUGUAUGGAACAACUCCUAAAGCAAAGGCAGACGCAGGAAGAAAGCGCAGAUGCUAUACAAGUGCCGUCAACAUUCACUAGCUGCAAGGAAGCCUGUGAGAAGGACAGGAUAUGCAGGGCUGCUUUACAAGAGGAAGCACAACCUGAAAACCCACAGCAUCAGCCAGAAAGCGCACAACACCAGCCAGAAAGCCGAAGCUUUGAAUAAUAAAGCGAUACU